AUAUCAUGGGGAUCUAGAGCCGGUAUUCUUGCUCGCAUCAGGAAGGCAGGCUCACUGGAUGGGGAAACGCGAAAGCGAGAGGGAGGGCCGGAGAGAGCGCUCAUCGCGGCGGCGAAGGACGCCGUCCUCGUCGGAAGAUGACGAUUCUUCCGCAACGGCGUCAGAGUCCCCUCCGAGGAGGCGGCGGCGGAGCCACCACGGCGACCACGAGAGCAGCAGGCGGAGGCGGCGGCGGAGGAGCCGCGGCCGCUCCUCCAGGGACACCACCGGCUCGUCAGACUCCGACUCCGAGGACCUCCAUGGAAGGCGCCGGAAGAGGUCGUCUAGAGAGAUCACCGAGGAGGAGAUUAAGGAGUAUAUGGCCAAGAAAGCCCAGAAGAAGGCAUUGAAGGUGGCCAAGAAGCUGAAAUCGAAUGCGGUUUCUGGUUAUUCCAAUGAUUCUAAUCCCUUCGGUGACUCCAACCUUACGGAGAAAUUUGUAUGGCGAAAGAAGAUAGAGCGUGAUGUUGGUCAAGGCCAACCUUUGGACAUAUCUGUCAAAGCUGAAAAGAAGAGGCAAAGGGAACGGAUGGCAGAAAUUGAAAAAGUUAAGAAAAGGAGAGAGGAAAGGGCAAUCGAAAAGGCACAGCAUGAGGAGGAGAUGGCAAUGCUAGCCAGGGAACGAGCUCGGGCUGAGUUUCAGGACUGGGAGAAGAAAGAAGAAGAGUUCCAUUUUGAUCAAAGCAAGACGAGAUCUGAGAUUAGAUUGCGUGAAGGGCGCAUGAAACCUAUCGAUAUACUUUCCAAGAAUCUCAAUGGUUCCGAAGAUUUUGAUAUUGAAAUAAAUGAACCUUACAUGGUAUUCAAGGGGUUAACGGUGAAGGAAAUGGAAGAGCUUCAUGAUGACAUCAAAAUGCAUCUGGAUAUGGACAGAGCAACUCAGACACAUACUGAGUAUUGGGAGGCACUAAUGGUAAUCUGUGACUGGGAGCUUGGUGAGGCUCGGAAAAGAGAUGCACUAGAUCGAGCUAGGGUACGUGGUGAGGAGCCACCUGCUGACGUCCUUGCAGAAGAAAGGGGUCUCCAUUUGAGCAUUGAGACAGAUGUGAAGGAUCUCUUAGAAGGGAAAACAUUCAAUGAGUUGGUGUCCAUGCAACGUCAGAUCGAGUUACAGAUGCGCUCAGGCACAGCCAAGGUUGUUGAGUAUUGGGAAGCUGUUUUGAAGCGCCUUCAGAUAUUUAAGGCAAAGGCUUGUUUAAGGGAAAUCCAUGCUUCUCUGUUGAGAAAGCAUCUAGACCGUUUAGAGCAACCUGUGGAGGCUGAACAGGGUUUGGAAACAGAUAACGAAAUUAAGUUUAAAGAGGAAGAUGCGGUGCCUGAUGCAGCAGAUGCAAAGGCCUAUUCUCCUGAACCUGCAGUUGAUGAGCCAAGAGAUGAGCCAGAAGAAGAGGCAGGUUCCUUUUCACCUGAGCUCUUGCAUGAUGAUGAAGAUGAAGUGGCAAUUGAUCCUGAAGAGGAUAGAGCUGAUCUGGAUCGGAAACGUGAGGCUGUAGUAGUAGAGCAACAGAGAAGGAUUCAGGAAGCAAUGGCAGCAAAGACAAGCACACCCGAUGAUAUGGAGCUGAAAGCAAUGAAAGCAAUGGGAGCUAUGGAGGAAGGUGAUGCAGUGUUUGGUUCUGGCGCUGAAGUAAAUCUGGAUUCACAGGUGUACUGGUGGCAUGAUAAAUACCGUCCAAGAAAGCCCAAGUAUUUCAAUAGGGUUCACACUGGUUAUGAGUGGAACAAGUAUAACCAAACACAUUAUGAUCAUGACAAUCCCCCUCCUAAAAUUGUACAGGGCUACAAAUUUAAUAUUUUUUACCCUGAUCUCGUUGACAAAUCAAAAGCUCCAACUUACACUAUUGAGAAGGAUGGAAGUAAUGGUGAGACAUGCCUCAUAAGAUUUCAUGCAGGGCCUCCAUAUGAGGAUAUUGCCUUCCGUAUUGUGAAUAAGGAAUGGGAAUAUUCUCACAAGAAGGGUUUCAAAUGUACAUUUGAGCGGGGCAUUCUACAUGUGUAUUUCAACUUCAAGCGCUAUCGCUACCGCAGGUAACACUCACCUGCUGGAGGAAACAGAAGAUGGCCAUGGGGGAAAACAAACCCAUGGACGAAAGUUUCGAGAGGCGGACUUUGUCAGUUUUUACGUGCAUGAGGAAGCGAGUUCAGAUUCAUGUUAAUGUUAUAUAAGACAGAUACUGGAAUCAGUAAUACGAGUCUUCCAUUGCCGAUGCUUUUCGAAUGGAAGAUGGAAAACAAGCAACCUUCAUUAUAAAUGUAAUUAUUGGCAUCCAUGUCUCAUUAUAUAAAAUCCAUUUGCCCAAGCA